CGGAAGCUCUUACAAUAUCGGUAUGCUUACGCAGUAACGAGGGGGCGUUUCGACGGGCUGCGCGCACCGAACAUUUGUUAUUCUUGUCGCGAUAGCUGUUCAGAAUGAGUAUUGAAGCGGCAGCAUCGUUGAGAUGCACCCUAAUUCGCAGUGUUAUCGCAUCGCUUGAGCAGCCGCUCAGCCCCGACCGCACCGCCGCCGUCGCGCAGCUAAUAGUCGGCAGCGGACUGCUCUCCGCGGGCCCCGAUGGCGCUCAGGGAGGUCUUUGGGCGCCAGUGACGGAGUUGCAGGGCAAGCUGGUUGAGCAACUGCUGAAGCUUGUUGGCAAGGGCGAGUCCGCCUUCCGCCCCGGCGCGGCGCUGCUGCUGGGCGCCGCCUGCCGCGCCGUACCCGUACGGCCGCUGCUGGCGGCGUACGGCGAGUGGGCGGCCGUACUGCUGGACGCGCUGCGCAAGGCGGCCAGCGCGGAGCCAGCGACGGCGGCGGCGGGCGGCGGCGGGCCGGUCCGGGCGGCGACGCUGCUGGCGCUGUCGGACCUGUUUGGCAGGCUGUCUGAGCUGCUGGAGGUGCCGGGCGUGCGCCGCGACGCCUCGGCGCUUGCAGGCCGCACGCUGCAGCUGGCGGCGCCGCUGCUGGCGGACCCGGCCUGCCGCUGGGCCGCCCUCACCGCCGCCCGGGCCGUGCUGACGGCGCUUCCCUCCGUGGCGCGCAACCACGCCGCCGCCCUGGAGGCCCAGCUGGCCGCACUGCUGGCCGCGCCGCCACCCGCCGCCGCCACCACCCUGCCCGCAGCGGCAGCCGACGGCCCGCCCGCAGCCGCAGCCGCAGCCUCAGCCGCAGGCGGCGGCGUGCCUACCAAGGUGCGCACCGCCGCGGCGCGGGCUCUGGCGCUGCUGCCGCGCGCGCACGCCGCUGACGCCGAGGCCUGGAGCGGCCUGGCGCGGCGUGCGCUGCUGUCCCUGCACGCCGCGCUGGACCUGAUGUUCUUCUGGGGCGGCGGCGGCGAGGCCGGGGCGGGCGUGGACGGCGGGCUGGGGGCGCGGGUGCGGGAGAUGCUGGAGGCGCCGGCGGCGCCGCCAGGCGCGGCGGAUGCGGAGGGCCUGCUGGGGCCGGCAGGCUUCGUGGGCGGCGGCGGCGGCAGCGGCGGCGGCACGUCGUCGCUGUCGGGUCGUCCGGGUGUGGGCCAUGCGCUGGCAGUGGCUGCGGGCCUGGUGGACCUGCUGGAGGCGCUGCUGGGGGCGGGCGGCGGCGGCUGCGGGGCGGCGGUGCCGCUGCCCGCGCACGUGCUGCUGCUGACGGCGCAGAGGCUGCUGAGGCUGGAGCCGGCGGCGUUGCUGGCCCCCGGCCGUGUGGCCCCCUCCUCCUCCGCCCAGUCCGAGCUGCUGUCGGCGCUGCCCUACCUGUCCGGACUGGGCUGGGGGCUGCUGGGGCUGACGGCGGCGGCGGCGCGCGGCUGCCUGCUGCCGCUGGUGGCGCCGCUGGGGCGGCUGCUGUGCGAGCAGCUCAGGAGGGUCAAGGCCGGCGGCGCAGGCGGGCUGUCGUGCGCCAUGCCGCCCACCGUACGCGCCGCCAUGUACGACAGCUGUACAACCGUACUGCGGCUGGGCGGCAUGAUGGCGGGCCGCGCCCUGGCGGCGGAGCUCACCGGCGCGCUCGUCACUGAGCUGUACGGCCUCAGUGCCGUACAGCAGCAACAGCAGGCGGCGGCGGCACGGUACGGCAGCGGCGCGAUGGCGGCGGGUGCGCGCCUGGCGUCACCGCUGGGCGGCGGCCCGCCGGCGGCCAAGAAGGCGCGUCUGGCGGGAGGUGUGGGCGCCGCGGCGGACCCGCUGGCGGCGAUGGACAUGGCGACGGCGGCGGCGGUGGCGGCGGAGGUUGCGCCAGUGGCGUCCGCCGACGACGCGGCGGCGCAGGCGGCGGCGAUGGCGGCGGCGGAGGCGCUGCUGCUGGUGGCCGGCGCGGCGCUGCCGUCCGACCUCCGCGGGCAGUUGGACGCGCUGGCGUACCACAUGGCGGCGGUUACAACCGAUGCCGCGCUGCGCGUCAGCCGCCAGCCGGGCAGCUCGGCGGCGGCGCGGGCCGGCCAGGUGUCGGCGCUGCGGCUGGCGGCGCUGCGGCUGCUGGCGGCGAGCCUGGCGGCGCCGACACCCAGCCGCCCGCCCUUCCUGAGCGAGGGCCUGGCGCUGCUGCAGUCGGCGGCGGCGGGCGGCGGCGGGCUGGAGCUGGCGGCGGCGGCGCGGGAGGGGCUGGCGGCACUGGAGCCCUUCCUGCGGCCGCGCGGCCUGCCGCCCGUGGGCCUGGGCUCAGCGGGAGCCGGCUCCGGCGGGGGCCUGGGCUUUGGAGGUGCUGGCGGCGUGUCGGGCGGGCUGGGUCUGGAGCUGCCGCGGCCACGGCUGUGGAGCAUUGUGGACCCUGUGCAGCCGCAGCUGCCGCCGGUGGUCAAGGAGGUGGUCAAGGAGGUGGUCAAGGAGGUGGUCAAGGAGGUGGUCAAGGAUACCAUGGCGGUGGCGGAGGCGGCUGCGCCGGCGGCAGGCAAGCCUGCGGCUGCGCCGGCGGCAGCGAAGCCGGCGGCAGCAGCAGCAGUUGGCAAGGGCGGGGCGGAGGCCAUGGAUGUGGACGCGGCAGCCGGCGGAGGCAAGCCGGCUGCUGCCACGCCGCCAGCGGCGCCGCCGGCCGCCGCCGCCGCUGCCAGCACUGCCGCCGCGAAGGUUGGCAAGAAGGGCAAGGCGGCGGCUGCCAAGGCCGCAAAGGAGGCCGAGGCCGCAGCUGCAGCGGCCGCUGCGGCUGCCGCCGCGGCCCCGCCGCCUGGCACUGACGGCAAGAAGGGGCGGCAGCCGGCCACAGCUGGCAAGGGCAAGGGCAAGGACGCGGAGGCAGCCAAGGCGCCGGCGGCGGCGCCCGCCAGCACCACACGCGCCGCCGCCGCAGCUGCCGCCGCAGCUGCGCCUGCGGCCGCCGCUGCGCCUGCACCAGCUGCUGCUGCGGCUGCGGCUGUGGCGCCGCGUGCGUCAGCCGCGGCUGCGGUGUUUGGGGACGAGAGCGAGGACAGCGAGGGGUCCCUGCCGGAGAUUGAUUCGGGCGGCGACAGCAGCGAUGAGGAGUGAUGCGCGGCGCGUGUUUCGGAACAAGUGUUGCGGCGCAGUGGCGGGGCCUUGCGGCGUGACACAGGGCGGUCGGACGCAUUGUUGCAAGGUAGCGUGCGAUUAGCGAGAUUACCGACGCGUACUCAGACGGAUGGCGCGUGUGAUGCCUGUGACAUAUUGCUGCAAGCGGGUGACAGGGCUGUCGUCGUCGUGUCCGUCAACUACCGUGUAAGUGGUACCAACCCGCCCGUCCGACGCAGCGGGGACGGCAGCUGGCGCACUGGCAACUACCUUCCUUGGGGCUCUUGCUUGGGCGCUGGCACUGCGUCGUAACAUUCUGGCGUUCUGCUGUGACGGAGCAUGCAUUCGAGAGGCUAUACCCACGGGCUAUACCGGUACUCUCGCACUGUGCCGUGUCAUGGAGUACGUAUAGGGUCCUCAGGUCUGCGCCCCUGAGCAACCGCAGGUGUCCUCCUCCGAUGGGGCUCGUGGCCUACAGCGCGGCACCGGCAUGCGUGCAUGCCAUGUUCCAGUACCGCCACCCUCCGUAGUUCGACGGUAUAGCACUGGAGCUAUGCGUACAAGUGGAAUCGGAG